GAUGGCGCUGUCGCUCGCACCAACACCAACACCCGUCACCCAAAGAACUCGAUCUCUUCCGGGUUCAACGCUAACUAGCUGCGGUUGGUCAUUUGCAAAAUAUAUUGAAUAGUAAUUUAUAAAUCCGUACUCUAAACUAUAGCAGAACUUUUGUGGAUGUUUUGACCAACGAGCUUAGUACAAUAUUUAAACGUAAAGUCUUAGUGAGCCGAAAUGUCUGCGGAGGAAGCGGACAAAACGGGCACCACGGACGCCAGCGCUGGAGAUGAGGAGGAGGAAUGGCUGUAUGGAGAUGAAUCCGAGAGCAAAGAUGAGGAUGAAGAGGCCAAAUUGAAUGCUGCAGUCAGUGCUGUUCCUGCUGAUGCUUCAACAGAUGAUGCUGCAGAACAUGCAACAGGCAACGGGGUGGUUUCUGAGCCCAGCAGAGAAGCAGCAGGUGAGGAUGAGGAUAGUGACAGCGACAGUGAUGAUGAUGAUGACGACGUCCAGGUCACCAUUGGUGACAUUAAAACCGGAGCACCACAAUACACAUCAUAUGGAGCUCCACCAGUAAAUCUCAACAUAAAAUCCACCAGCUCCAGGCCGUAUGGACAAGUUUCAGCGAAGCUGAAAGGAGUUGACUUGGAUGCUCCUGGGAAUAUUAACGGCGUUCCAGUUUUGGAAGUAGAUGUGGAAUCAUUUGAAGAGAAACCCUGGAGAAAGCCAGGAGCGGAUCUGUCAGACUACUUUAACUAUGGCUUCAAUGAAGAUUCAUGGAAGGCUUAUUGUGAGAAACAGAAGAGACUUCGCAUGGGGCUGGAGGUAUCUGCAGUCAGCUCAGUGACGAGUAAAAUUACUGUACAGCAAGGCCGGACUGGUAACGAUAAAGAUGUGUCCAGUUUGCCAGUUCACACGUCCAAGGCAGACUUCUCAGUACCCGUUAGUAUGUACAAGUCCUCUGGCAGCCAGAUCACCAGUAGGAUCUCUCCCACUCAGUGGACUUGCAAGCCGGCUCAAGACAUUUCCUAUUUUACAAAAUCAAGUGGGACAAUUGAUGUGAUUGGUGGUCAGACAGCUACGAUAAGCAGAGUGGAGGGAAGGCGCAGACACAAUCUAGAUGGCAACAAUAUACAGGUACUCUCUGAACACUCGACAUCAGAAGCUGAGCCCACACCGGCGAAGCUGCCAACAUUUUUCCCUCCAGGACCUCUUCCUCCAAACAUUCCCCCACCUCCGUUUCUCCCACCGCCCCCGAACGUCAGCACAGCCCCGCCUCUUAUUCCUCCUCCCAGAAUGCCUAUCACAGUUCCUCCACCCGGCUUUCCUCCCCCACCGACUGGACCGCCCCCUUCCAUCAUACCUACUUUAGACAGUGCACAUGCUGGAGGUUACGAUGGGCGCGCUGUCCCUCCCUAUCCUUUCCCACAAGGUGCUUAUCCUCCUCCUAUGGCUGGAGGCGUGCCACCUCCAUGGCCUCCGAUUAUGGACAAUUCUAAACCUUGGGACUACUAUCCUCGUCGCGAUGAAAAGAGAGACAAAGAAAGAGACAGGCCAAGGGAGAGGGCACAUGAGCGAGAGAGAGAGAGGGAACACAGCCCCUCAGGAAUGAGCUACACCAGUGAUGAGGAGCGCUAUCGUUACCGCGAGUACCAAGAGCGUGGUUAUGAGCGGCACCGUGAGCGGGCGAGUCGAGAAAAGGAGGAAAGACACCGAGAGAGACGACACAGAGAGAAAGAAGAGGGGCGCCACAAGUCCUCGCGCAGCAGCAGUAGUAGACGGAGACAUGACAGCGAAGAAGGCGAAGGCCACAGAAGACACAAGCACAAAAAGAGUAAGAGGAACAAAGAGGGCAAGGAGGCCAGCGAGGACAUGGGCGCAGACCAGGAAAACCAGGAGGCAAUGGAAUAAUUCACUCACACACUUCACUUUUUUGUUUUAUUUUAUUCCCAGACCUAAAUUGAAGCACUGACAACAAAAACAGGAAAUCCAAAAUGAUUAAAUGAGUUUAAUGCUAGGAUUGAAAAUACGCAUUAGACUCCAUCUUUACCAUAGGAGGCAGUAAACACUUUGUGUUUAUUGAUCAGUCACUUUGCCCCUGCCAAAUCUGUAGAGCUCAGAAAUUGAAUAUUCCAUGAAUGGUGCCCUUUGUGUUUCUUUCUGUUUCUUGUCUUUUUGUUCCUGUCUUGUAAAAUACUAUCAUAGACGGCUGUCAAGUCAAUAAAAACACUUUUGAU